CUGGGCGAAGGUGCUGGCGUGCCGAGUCCAGCGGAUCUGGCCCUCUCCAUGGCCUCCUGCGCCCUGGCCCGCGCUCUGGGCUCGCUGAGCCUGGCGACUCCGGCCGUUGCCGCCCCGGUCCCGAGCCUUCUCCCUGCCGCCCAGGUGCUGAGCAAGGCCCUUCUUCAACUGCCCUCUGCCUCAGUGUUGCCCCCCUGCCGCCCAAUACAUUCUUCUGCAGACCUUAGUGCCAAGUUUGUGUCCUGGAAGAGUCAAACCAAGUACACCAUUAGACCACUGAAGAUGAGGAAGUCUGGAGGUCGAGACCACACAGGCCGUAUCCGAGUGCAUGGCAUCGGUGGGGGCCAUAAACAGCGUUAUCGAAUGAUUGACUUUCUUCGUUUCCGGCCAGAGCCAGAGACCAAGCCCGAACCCUUUGAGGAGAAGGUUGUUGUAGUCCGCUAUGAUCCCUGUAGGUCAGCAGACAUAGCUCUGGUGGCUGGAGGCAACCGGAAACGCUGGAUCAUUGCCACCGAAAACAUGAAGGCAGGAGCUACAAUCCUGAACUCGAACCAUAUAGGCAGGAUGGCAGUCGCUGCUCAGGAAGGAGAUGCACACCCUCUCGGGGCUCUGCCCAUAGGGACCCUCAUCAAUAAUGUGGAAAGUGAACCCGGCCGAGGAGCCCAGUAUAUCCGAGCCGCAGGGACCUGUGGUGUGCUGCUGCGGAAGGUGAACGGAACAGCCAUCAUACAGCUGCCCUCCAAGAGGCAGAUGCAGGUGCUCGAUACGUGCAUCGCAACAGUAGGCCGAGUGUCCAACGCCGAUCAUAACCAACGGGUCAUCGGCAAAGCAGGGCGGAACCGCUGGCUGGGCAAGAGGCCCAACAGUGGGUUGUGGCACCGCAAGGGGGGCUGGGCGGGUCGAAAGAUUCAGCCAUUGCCCCCCAUGAAGAGUUAUGUCAAGCUGCCCUCAGCUGCUGCCCAAAGCUGAUAUCCCUGGACUAAUAAAAUGCCAUUGAUUCUUA